CUGCAAGUAGGCUGGCGCACUGGGGGCGGGAGCAUUCAUUCUGCAAGAGGCUGAGACGGGAACCGAGGCAGGAUGCAGGAGCUAUUUGUGCUCGUUCUCUCCCUUACCUUACUGACUUGCUUCGCAGGGUCCUCCCCGAUUCUGACGGAAAAGCAGGCCAAGCAGCUCCUCAGGUCCCGGCGCCAGGACAGGCCCAGCAAAGCCGGCUUCCCUGACGAGCCCAUGCGGAGACAUGCAAAUGCUGUAUACCAGUGGCGACAUUGGUUAAUCUCCCCACUGAUCUCAUCCGAAAAGUCUGAAUACCUGCACCAUCUGCUUCGCCUGGAGCACCGCGCCGAGGAGCAGUUCCUGGAGCACUGGCUGAACCCUCACUGCAAGCCCCACUGUGACAGGAACGUGGUCCAUCCCGUGUGAGGGGCUCCGGACCAGCCUUCGCAAGCCCUUGGAGAAGUGAUGACCUGGCUACUGUCAAAACGGGAUGAGGCUCCCUCUUGCAUUUGUUUUUCAGCUGUGCAAAUGGAUGCAUUCAGGCCUCCUGAGCUGCGGGCCUGGGCGAAGGCUGCCUUGGGGAUCGACGGCAAAUAUAUACAUAUAUACUGCUUUGUUUUACUAACCUGCGUCCCUUGUGAACACCACUAGCUUAAAGUAUAACCCUCUUCCCCGCAUGGCCUUCCUCCAGGUUUGAUGGGGCGCAGGAGGGGAAGCUCAGCUGGGGAGGGUGUGUGGGCACCUCGGGCUCAGCCUACAGGCAGGCUGGAGCCCCAGGACUCUGGGAAGUCUUGCAAGGCCUGCACUGGGGGC